GGACCCGGCGUCUAGUACCAAAUCUACUCUGGCCACAGACACGAAGAUAAAAAACGCGGCGGACAUGCGCAUUCCACUCUUACCGCUGCGGAGAGCGGGCUCCGUCUGCGCGUGCGCACAGCUCAGGUCUGCACCAACACAGGGAGGAGGGGCCCAGCUCUGUGGGGAUCAUUAUUUGGCAGGAAGGCGAGGCCUUAUCCUUGCAGGAGAGACCCUAGCACAGUGUAUACUAGCAGCCAGCUCCAAAUCUGGCAGCGUCUGAAGGGGGGAGGGAAGAGGGAGAAAACGAGAACUGGAGGGCUUGGAAGUUCAGGGGGGGAGCGGAGAGUGAGGCGGGAGCUGCUGUGCCAGAAAACAGCGCUGACGGCAUCUGACAAAGGAGGGAGGGGGGCGGCACGGGGGGCACUCGGCCGCACCGGAGCAGUGUCGCAGCCUUCUUGGGAGAAAGUGGAGGGAAACCCCUCUCGUUCUCGAGGUAAUUUGGAGAUAGCACUUCAUGGUUGAAGAGCCCCUUGUGCGGUGGAAGGAAAGGCUGUCUUUUUCAUGUAGACUGCAACUACUACAUCAAACUUGGAGUGACUAGUUUUCACCCUAGUUUGGCAGCAUUGCUGCCCUGGCAUACACAGAUGAAUGAAGACUCCAUUUGGAAAGGCAGCCGCUCAGCGAUCAAGAGCUGAUGCAGCACAUGCAGGUGUUUCUGCAAAUAUGAUGAAGAAAAGGACCUCUCACAAGAAACAUCGAAGCAAUAUGGGACCAAGUAAACCAAUCUCUCAACCAAGAAGAAAUAUUGUAGGUUGUAGAAUACAGCAUGGCUGGAAAGAGGGCAGUGGUCCAAUAACUCAAUGGAAAGGAACUGUUUUGGAUCAAGUACCAGUUAACCCUUCUCUUUAUCUUAUAAAAUAUGAUGGAUUUGACUGUGUGUAUGGACUUGAGCUUCACAAGGAUGAAAGGGUGUCUGCUCUCGAAGUUCUUCCAGACAGAGUUGCAUCAUCUCGAAUCAGCGAUGCCCAUUUAGCAGACACAAUGAUUGGUAAAGCUGUAGAGCAUAUGUUUGAAACAGAAGAUGGCUCGAAGGAUGAAUGGAGGGGGAUGGUACUGGCACGAGCACCCAUUAUGAACACAUGGUUUUAUAUCACCUAUGAAAAGGACCCUGUCUUAUACAUGUAUCAACUUUUAGAUGACUACAAAGAAGGAGACCUUCGCAUUAUGCCAGAUUCAAGACAUUCUCCAUCCAUGCCAAAGAAUGACAAAGAUGAUUCUCCUCCAGCUGAAAGAGAACCUGGUGAGGUUGUUGACAGCCUGGUGGGGAAGCAAGUGGAAUAUGCCAAAGAAGAUGGCUCAAAAAGGACUGGCAUGGUUAUUCAUCAAGUUGAAGCCAAACCCUCUGUUUACUUCAUAAAGUUUGAUGACGAUUUCCAUAUUUAUGUCUACGAUUUGGUGAAGACAUCCUAAGUAGGAUUGUGGACAGCCUUGCCAAACUUGUGGAUCUAAAUAGAUGUAAAAUUUGUAGAAAGACUUUGUUUUCUGGUUACAGAAAUGUUCAGAUAUUCCUGCGAACCCACAAUCCCUGGUGUUGCGUACUAAAGAAAGGGAAAAGUCAUCUUUCUUUGAAGAACAUACUUGCCCAUCUUUCUCUUAAACAGGAGCAAACCACUUUCACAGGUUGACAUGUUUGGAUCUGGAGGAUGCUACGUUUUUGAACAUGAAUCUUUAAAGCUGAAGGUGUCUCAGUGCAAAGACGAGCUGAAGGCGUCUCAAUGCAAAAACGAGCAAGCCCAGCCAUGCAGAUUACGAAAUAACAGGAUAGAUGUGUAUUUCUAAGCACUCAUUCCUUGCUCUACAGAGAACUGUUUGGUAUGUCUAACGUCCGUAAACUAGGUGUCCAAUAUUUUAGCUUUCAGCGUCUUUGUUGAAGGCCGUAGGGGUAAUUGAUACUUGUGCUGUGAGUCCCAGCAAAUCAUUGCACUGUGAAGUAUUGACUUCGUUCACACCAACUUUGUGCCAAAUACUUGGCACAAUCCAGUUGAGUAUCGGCGGGAUGUUAAUUGGCUGUAAAUUGGCCUGAAGCUCCACAUUCAAUAUGGCAACACUAGUGCAGCUGUGUAAAUGAGAGAAAAUGUAUUGAUGCAAAAAUAAAGACCUAACAUUUCCUAAUUUUUUGCUUUACCGUGGACAUAAUGUUUUAGAUUGUGGGGCAGUUCUGCACCAAGUUAAACUGUGUUGAAAGCAUAUUUCAGUGUUAUGUUUGUCUUGUGAGUGAGAAGUGUCUCUGCUUCCCACGUGUUUUUUUUUUUUUUUUUUUUAUUUCCCCCAGACCCUUUUUUUGGCUAUACCCUUUUUUUUUUUUUUUUUUUUUUUUUGUAAUUUGCUGCUGGUCACUUUGUAUUUCAAGUCCUAUCAAAAUUUUGUGCCCUUUAUGGAUUCGACUAUCUUAAAAAAUAAUUUGAGAAAUGCUGAAAAACAAGUGACAGAAUGGAAACAACAUUUUCCUAUCCGAUGUAGUAAAUCUUAAAGGGUUUCUGUCACCUAAAAAAUGGGUAUUAAGCUGGCUGACAUUAGCGAACAUAACUAUAUUAGUGCCGUCUCGCUGCCUAAAGCCUUUAUUGAGAAAACUGAACUUUUAUCAUAUGCUAAUUAUCCUCUAGGCCACGCCCUGUUACACUAUAUUGACAGGGGCAGGCAUCCAUGGUCUCCUACCUCCGGCCUUGUCUGCAGUGUAAAUCUCGCGCUGUUUAGUAUUCGGCACAGGCGCAGUGAGUGAA